CCAGGAGUCACAGAGAGACCCGUCACCCCCUGUCCAGCUCUCCUCGUCUCUGGUGUGAGACGGAGCCAUGGCACUGCUGGAUGGACUUACACUGCCAGGUGCAGGGAUGACUAAUGACACUUACCUCAUACGUCCGGCACUCUUCAGGUCAGGCGAGGGCGUGGCGGCCGGUGGGCGCUACGAAAUGAGGAUGCUUGGCUGGAACACCCCUUCAGAGUACAUGGAUUACGUCCACCCGUACUGGAAGACCUUCCAGGCCCCGAACCCCUUCCUCCAUUACAUGCUCGCCGUCCUCUACAUCAUGUUCAUGUUUGCCGCGCUCGUCGGCAACGGUGUCGUCAUCUGGGUGUUUACCAGCGCCAAGAAUCUGCGGACGCCGUCCAACAUGUUCAUCAUCAACCUGGCCAUCCUGGACUUCAUAAUGAUGCUCAAGACGCCGGUGUUCAUCGUCAACUCCUUCAACGAAGGACCCAUCUGGGGCAAGCUCGGCUGCGACACCUUCGCUCUCAUGGGGUCCUACUCCGGCGUCGGUGGGGCCGUCACCAACGCCGCCAUCGCUUACGACAGAUACAAGACCAUCGCCAAGCCAUUCGAAGCCAAGAUAUCGCGAGGGACGGCGCUGAUGAUGGUGGUGGGAAUAUGGGCGUACGCCUCGCCGUGGGCGCUGCUGCCCCUCUUCAACAUCUGGGGCAGAUUUGUGCCAGAGGGCUUCCUCACCACCUGUACCUUCGACUACAUGAGUGAGGACGCGAGCACGCGCGCCUUCGUCGGCUCCAUCUUCGUCUUCGCCUACAUCGUCCCGGGGAGCCUCGUCUUCUACUUCUACGGCCAGAUCUUCGUCCACGUCAGAGCUCACGAGCAGGCCAUGAGGGAGCAGGCCAAAAAGAUGAACGUCGCCAACCUGCGAAGUGUGGGUUCGCACGAAGACCAGGAGAAGUCCGUCGAGAUCCGUAUUGCUAAGGUCUGCAUGGGUCUGUUCUUCUUGUUCCUGAUCUCCUGGACCCCCUACGCUGUCGUCGCCCUCAUCGCCGCCUUCGGGGACAGGUCCAAGUUGACGCCUCUGGUGUCUAUGAUUCCUGCACUCACUUGCAAGUUUGUUGCGUGUGUUGACCCCUGGGUGUAUGCCAUCAACCACCCUAGAUACAGGUUGGAGCUGCAGAAGCGCAUGCCCUGGUUCUGUAUCCACGAGGAGAAGCCUCAAGACACGAUAUCUCAAUCAACUUGCGAAACGGAAAAGGCUUAGAUAAAGCUAUAAUCUACGACACCUACGCCAGAUGAUCACCUCUUGCUAAGAGAGAUUAACGGAUUAUUAAUAAACUUAACCAAUCCCUCACAGAGAGAGCCACGAAUCUCUA